CCCGGUCCGGGCCGGGCCCAGCACCCGCUGGGCUCAAAGUUUGCGGCCGCCCCUGCGCCGCGCGCCCGAUGUAUGGGUGAUAUACUGCGGCGGCGGCGGCAGGGUGAGGGACGGCCAUAUUUGCCGGCGCGGCCCGAGCCGGCGACAACAAAAAGUGCGCGGGCUCCCGGCAGGCGCUCGGACGGGUGCGGGGACGUGGGGCCACCCGGCCCGGGCCUCGGCCUCGCCGCCGCGCUCGCGGCCUGGCCCGGCUCUGCCCGGCGCGCCCGCCGCCCGCGGGGAUGUCGUACAAGCCGAACUUGACCGCGCACAUGCCCGCCGCCGCCCUCAACGCCGGAGGUGUCCACUCCCCGUCUACUAGCAUGGCGACCUCCUCUCAAUAUCGCCAGCUGCUGAGUGACUAUGGGCCUCCAUCGCUAGGCUACACCCAGGGAACUGGAAAUAGCCAAGUGCCUCAGAGUAAAUAUGCAGAGCUGCUGGCUAUCAUUGAAGAGUUGGGGAAAGAGAUCAGACCCACAUAUGCAGGGAGCAAGAGCGCCAUGGAGCGGCUAAAACGAGGCAUCAUUCAUGCCCGAAGCCUGGUUCGGGAGUGCUUGGCUGAAACGGAACGUAAUGCCAGGUCCUAGCCCUGGCCAGUCUGAAGGCCCAUCUCGCUACUCCGUGGAGAUGAGAGGCUUUGUUCAAAAUGGCAGUAAUUUUUCUACCACAGUCAUUAAGCUUUGAACCCACACUCAGAAGACUGGGAAGACAUUUUGCAGUAACUGACGAUGUGCAUUUUAAGUAGUUAGGAAUGACCCAGCUCUUUUUUCUUUCUGAGCAUUUGAAAGAUGUUUGUGAAGCCACUUCACAGCAAGCUAUUGUUUGUCCCCAAAUACCAGUGUCCCCUUUCACCUCCCUUUGGAUACAUUUUCCAUUUGCAUCACCCCCCGUUGACUUCCUUUCCAUGAGCUCACCUGCCUCUGAGGAGCUGAGUGCAGACCACAGCACGUUCGCUUAGUAGCUGGCCCACCUGUGUGCAGUGUAGACCCUGCUUCAUGGAGCCGCUCUGCUUAAGCGUUUGCAUGACUGAGUGCUUUGAAGUCAAUCUUUAAAAUGCACAGGUUAUAAAUACAGAAGAAAGAGCAAUCUACCCAACCUACCAAGCACCCUGCAAAUGUCCAUCCUGAGACUGUAGAUCUCAGUUCCAUGUUUACUGUGAGCCCAUCACAUCAUCUGGAAGAAAACGACUGAAACUGUUGCAUCUUUGUAUUUAUUACUUGAUGUAAUAAAGCUUAUUUUCAUUAACACUU